GCUGGAAAGGGGUGUGGUCUUCCGUGCGCCUGCGCAGACUAAGGGCGAAGUAGGGGCGGGGGUAGCUCCUCGCCCGCGAUGCCCAAGUACUACGAAGAGAAGGAGCGGGACGGGCGCGCGUGUUCGGGGGUGCGCGAGGACUUGCGCACGUGCCUAAUCGAGAGCAGCUGCGUCAUCGAGGAAGGGAAAAGCCCAAAACAGUGCUUGAAGGAAGGUCAUUGCAGAGGCUUGCUAGUUACAUUUUUUGAAUGCAAACGAUCAAUGUUGGACAACAGAGCAAGAUUUAGAGGACUGAAAGGAUACUGAAGCUUCUUAUUACGCAAAACAGCCAGCAUGGGUAAUGUUGGAUGCAUUAGCACCUCUGGUUGAAUAAAGAGACUUAAAUCAAGAGAUUAUGCUGUUGAUUCCCCAUCCCAAUCCCCUUGACUCCUAUGAAUAUUUUUUGUGUGUAAACACUAAAUAAUUGAAGCUGCUGUGUAUUAAAAAUAUUAAAAUGAAAAACAAUCCUAUGUGGUGACCAUAUAUUUUUAAAUAAAAUAUUUAUCUCCAUAA